CUCGUCCAUCCUUCCUUGCGAAAGACCAGGGAAAUGCACUUGGACUGGUCAGGCCAGGUCGGAGGCUGGCUGCUGCUGCUUGCAGCAGUCAUCGUCGCUCUCUCGUUUGACUUGUGGAGCAUUCGGCGCCCGCAACAACAGGGCGGGCUGAGCAUCGUCCAGGCCUGCCGCCUGUCUGUGUUUUGGAUUGUGUGUGGGCUGGCGUUCGGUGCGUCCGUCUGUGUCAUCAACGGGGUGGAGGCCGCCACAUACUGGUCAGCUCAUCCCGUGUGCUGUGCUGUGCCGUCGACAAUACAUAUAACGGGCUUUCUGUGUGCUGUCUGUGCUUGCACUGCACUGGCUGCAGGGUUGAUGGUUAUCUGCUCGAAUACAUGCUCAGGUGGGUGAGGGGAUGCAUAGCAGUGAGUUAGUGUGAGUGACACACAGAGAAGGAAAGGAGUUAAAGGACGGGACGGAGGCACAUGCACAUGCACAUGCACAUGCACAUGCACAUGCACAUGCACAUUUGUUUGUUUGUUUCUUCUCUGGCGGCUUGGCUUGGCUUGCGUGUCUGCCCUCUGUCUGUGUGGCUCUGUGUCUGUCUGUGUCACCAGUCUAGACAAUCUGUUUAUUUUCCACCUGGUGUUCGAGACUUACCACACACCCGAUGCCCUCAGGAGGAAAGCCCUCUUCUACGGUGACUGACUGACCGACUUCCCGCACAGACAGACAGACAGACGAGGUGGCAUGGCCUGGCCUGCCUGGACAGACAGUGACGAACGUCUGUGCCUUCCUGCCUUCCUGCCUGCCUCUCUGUGUGUGAGUAGGUGUGGCUGGAGCAGUGCUGUUCCGCCUUAUCCUGUUCGCCCUGUAGGCGUUGAGUGGUGCAUGUCUGGAAUAUGCAUACCAGUCAGUACGCCCCUUGUGUGUGUGUGUGUGUGUGUGUGCAGAGCUGAGUAUUUCAUGCACCUGAUGUUUAUCGCGCACCUGGUCUUCGGCGCAUUCCUGUAAGUCAGUUAAGUCAGCCGAAAGGAGAAUCCCUCCCUCCCUCCAUGAGGCUUCCUUCCUGUUCGUUCUGUUUGUGUGUGGCGUGUCGUGUCGUGGCGUCUGUCCUGUCUGUCGGUGUGUGAGAGCAGCGUGUAUAGCGGCGUCAAGACGGCUCUCCCCGGCAACGCUGACGACCCCGACCCCUCGCAAAACGCAUGUGUCAGAUUCAUCACCCGAUAUGUCCCAGGUGAGCAGGGUGGGCAGGGUGGGUCGGCCACUAAGUGAACGAACCAGGCAGGACAGACACAGACAUGUCAGUCAGUUGUCGUGCCUGCCUGCCUGUCUGCCUGCCUGCAUGGAUGCAGUGACUCCAUCGUAUGACGACAGCGGUGCCUUCUUCGUGCUCACGUCAUCCUCAGCCACACAAGAAGAGGACGACAGCAGCGCCAUACACCACAGACUCGAUGACGCUGGUGCCCUGCACCCACCGCAUCCCAAUCCCCCUUCACAUAUGCUCUCCGACACAACCACAACUACUGUCACCGCACCAGCCACACCACCACAAGAGCCACCAUUACACGAAGCAGCCGACAACAACCCAGCACCGAGACGGCGUGGCAGCGGUGCAUCCGACGGCCCCCAGCUGACUGAGUACGAGCCACUGGACGCGACGAUGGCCACAACGACGGACGGGUCGCCGUCGACGAGCGCGUCGACGCAGCCUGGUGGGCAGGGACACAGGCAAGGAGGUGGGGGGGUGAAGAUGGUGGGUGGCGUGAGGGAAGAUGGUGACGGUGGGGGGGUCGGAGAGGGGCUUCUGCUGUCGAGGGAACGAAGGAGGUGGAAGGUGAGACACCGACAAAGACAGACACCGACACGGAGGGAGGAAGGCGCGUGUCUUAAUUGUCGAUCUGUCUGUGCUCUCUCUUUUUGUAUGCAUGUCAUGCGGCCUGUCCAGGCCACUCUCCUCUUUGUGGUUGUGGUCUGCAUGGUGGGUGAGCACAGCAUAUGUGGAGGAGACACAUUAAUUGCACUCAGGGGCGUACAGUACAGUUGGCUGGCUGCUGGAUCGCAUCGUUCGAACUAUGCUCCCUCUCUCUCUGUGUGUGUGUGUGUGUGUGUGUGUGUGCAUUGUAAACAGGAGUGUGUGGAUCUUGUGUUUGCUGUGGAUUCGGUCUCUGCGAAAAGCGCGCAGACGGCCGACCUCUUCAUUGCCUAUUCUUCCACGGUAAGCAGCCAACACACAACAUGCACCACACAAGACAAGACAACACAACCAGCACAAAGCGUCCACACACACAGAACCUUCCUCCCGUGUGUGUGUGUGUGUGCGUAUGGGUAAUUCCUCCUCGUUAGGUGUUCGCCAUGUUUGGCCUGCGGUCAUUGUUCUUUCUGCUCGAGGCCGUCAUGAAGUGAGUGAGCGACUCGAUCUGAUGUGAUGCAUGGCUUCGACCGAGCCCACCCAACGAUGCGUGCGCGCGCGUGUAUGUGUGUGUGUGUGUGUGCAGGUACUUCUCCCUCCUUCGGUACGGCUUGGCGGUGAUAUUGGUGUACAUCGGCGGGAAGCUCAUCAUACAAGAGUGGAUUGCAUGGCCCGAGUACGUCACCUCUAUCGUCCUGGUGCGCAUUGCAUUGCAGGGGGACCGACACACACUCACACACAACAGACAGACAAAACAGACCGAUUCGUGCCUUGUGUGUGUGUGUGUGUGUGUGUGGUCUGGUCUGGUCUGCAGACAGCCGUGCUGGCGCUGUCUAUAGUGGCGUCAGCUGUCAGUGACGCCCUUCGUCGCAGGGGGACACCCCACCAGCAGCAGCAGCAGCAGCAGGCGCAGCAGAGGGGUCAGUUCACGCGGCUGCCCGACCCCCAAGCGCACGAGAUCGAGAUGCAGCCCAUCAGGCCGCUUGCCAAGGAGGGUUUCGCAGCACCAGCUGCUCAUGAGGUGGAUGUGGAGGCUGGGGUCGGUGUGGCGCGGGGGAGCUAGCUAGCUACACACACGUGUGUGUGUGUGUGUGUGUGUGUGUGGUUUGGUAGUAAGGUGGCGUGUGUGUAUGUGCAUACGUCUUUGUAUGUGUUGUG